GUUGAUACGCUGAUUAUGUAAUUAGGUAUAUCACGUUUUGCGAUAUGAUCAGAUGCAGGGGGCCCACCAAGCGACAACUUUGUGGUUCGAACUUUGUACGGACUAUUUCCUUCACGCUCUCCCUGACGGUCGAGCUCGAGCAAUUCACAUGUUAUAUAACAUUAAGUUGACAAGAUAACAGAAGAAUACAAAAGACAAGGAAGAUAAGAGUCAAACGGUCCGAACCUGCAUCAUAUUUUCACGCCUGUUAGCAGCUUGAUUAUAUUGGUGACUAUUUAGACUAGUUUUAAAAGUUAACAAACUUUUUAAACUUGUCCUACGUAAAAUAAAAAAAUCCGCGGGAAACUUUAAAGCGGUCUGCUGUUUUUAUAACGAACGCAACUUCUGUUUGGGAGCGUCGACGUCAGGUGAAAAUCAUAAACGUUUGAAAACGCGGUUGAGAUGUACCUCCUAAAAUAUCUAAAAUAAAAUGUUUUUUUUUGAUUGGGUCGCGACUUUAUUUAUUUAUUUUAUUUAUUUAAACGAGACAAUGCGGUCUGUAUAAUACAACGACGCCUCAGGAGUCAUAGAUCACAUAAAACUAAUCAAGUACCAAAGUGAAUCAGCGCUUAAAUGCGAAAUGUGUUGAGAAGUUUCGGUGUGAACAUCGUUAGGUACCACAGUGUAGAGCAUCUACAGUACAUAGAUAGUAAUUUGCCGUGUUUCUUUUAGGUUUACUGAUGAAAUUCGUAAAACAAAUCAGGACACACUGUGAUCUCUCGUAAGCAUGGCGUCAGUGUUGUCACAGCUGAUGGGGGAGUGGAUGGAUGUUCAGGGACUCCUGAUAUUUCUGUGUGUGCUGCUGUUUGUGAAACACCUGCGAGAUGUUCAGUCCAAGAACAUGCCGCCAGGACCCUUUCCUCUUCCUCUGCUUGGAAACGUAAUGAAUAUAGGCUUUAGUGAUCCAAUGGAGGUUUUCCCAAAGGUUGCUGAGAGGUAUGGAGAUGUGAGCACAUUUUAUCUGGGGAACAAACCCUGCAUACUGCUCACUGGAUACGAGACUUUUAAAGAGGCGUUUGUGGAACAGGCGGACAUCUUCACAGACCGGCCGUACUUCCCUGUGAACGACAAGAUCUGUAAAGGGAAAGGUCUGAUCUUCUCCAGUGGGCACAUGUGGCGUCAUCAGAGGCGCUUUGCUCUGGCAACACUGAAGUAUUUUGGUGUGGGCAAGAAAACUCUAGAAAACUCCAUCCUGCAGGAGUGCCGCUUAGUCUGUAGUGCUUUUCAAACCAAGCAAGGUUUGCCAUUCGACCCUCAUCACAUCUUGACCUAUGCGGUGGGCAAUAUAAUAUGCAGCCUGGUUUUUGGCUACAAGUUUGAGUAUGACAACCAUCAUUUUCAUGAGCUGUUGCAGUAUUCAGAUGACACCUUCAAGCUUCCCAUCAACGUCUGGGGCCGGUUGUAUAACACAUUUCCCGCCGUGAUGUCCUUGCUGCCAGGAAAGCACCAGACUGCGUUUGCCAACCUUUCCAAGCUUAAGCUCUUUUUUCAGGAGGAAAUCAGGAGGCACAAAGAGGACCGAAACCCAUCCAGUCCUAGAGACUACAUUGACUGUUAUCUGGAUGAAAUUGAGAAGUGUAAAGACAGCGAGGCAGAGUUCACAGAGGAGAAUCUGAUCCACUGUGUGUUGGAUCUGUUUGGAGCCGGAACAGAAAGCACUGCUAAAUCACUCAGCUGGGCUUUACUCUACAUGGCCAAGUAUCCAGAUGUGCAAGAGAAAGUCCAGUCUGAGAUCGAUCAGGUGAUUGGACAGAAACGCCAGCCGCUGAUGGAAGACAGGACACAUCUGCCGUACACCUACGCUGUGAUGCAUGAGGUUCAGAGGUUCGCAAAUGUUCUUGCCUUCAUUCCACCGAGAGUUGCCAGCAAAGACACCACAGUAGCAGGAUGCCUCAUUCCAAAGGGCGUGAUGGUGCUGCCGAUGCUGAAGCCAAUCCUAGAGGAUAAAAAUGAGUACAACACUCCGAAUGAGUUCAAUCCUGCACACUUUCUGGAUGAAAAUGGCAAAUUUUUGAAGAGAGAAAACUUCAUCCCCUUUUCAAUAGGUAAACGGAUGUGUCCAGGUGAACAGCUCGCUCGUAUGGAGCUCUUCCUCUUCUUUAUCUCGCUGAUGCAGCGUUUUACCUUCCUGCCACCUGAGGGACAAACGCUGAGUCUCAAAAGGACAGUUGCCAUCGCUUCUGCUCCUGAACCUUUCCAUAUUCGUGCUGUGCCUCGAUAAUGUGACAUGAUUGCAACCUAAAAUAAAAGAAUCAGCUCAUUAAA